UUGCUAUUGUACAUCAUCUCCUUAUUCACUCGUUAUUAUCAUUAUAAUUUUAUUCUCUUUUUAUAUAUAUAUUGGAAAGAAAAUUGAAUACAUAAUAAAUGGCAUAAGUGUGUGUGCUUUGAUUUAUUAUAGUAGAACAGGUGUUUCGAGUAUUGGGUUAGAUCAAAUUCGAUAGAGAAAUUGGAUUAUGAGGUGGUUUGACAAACUGAGGGGUUGUUGUAAUUGUAGCAGCUGCUGUUUUAUAGCCGGCCUUAUGAUUUUCAUUAUUUCUAAUUCUAAUUUUAAUUCUAAUCAAUUAUUACUAGUUUCUUCUAAUUUUCCUAAUCCUAUACACCCUUCUUCUUCUUCAUUAUUAAUUUUGGUUUAAAUCUCCUCAUCUUUCUCUUAUUUUAUUUUGAUAAAAAGUAAAAUAAAAUACACCAAAAUCAUUCUCUCCUUCUUCUUCUUCUUCUUCUUCUUGGCGAUGGAGUUCAAAGAUUCGAUUUCUGGCGUCUUCGCAUCGUGUAUUGAGAGGCAACAAAGCUCAAAACCAACUGUCAUUGUGAUAGGAAGCGGUAUUUCCGGGAUAUCUGCUGCACAUCUACUUAAUAACGCUGAUUUUGAGGUAGUGUUAUUGGAAUCACGAGAUAGAAUUGGUGGCCGCAUUCACACUGAUUACUCAUUUGGGUGCCCAGUCGAUAUGGGAGCGUCAUGGUUGCAUGGUGUAUGCAAUGAAAAUCCUUUGGCACCGUUGAUUCGUCGUUUAGGUCUUCCGUUAUAUCGGACAAGCGGUGACAAUUCAGUCCUGUAUGACCAUGAUUUGGAGAGCUAUAUGCUAUAUGACAAGGAAGGUCAUCAGGUUCCUCAACAAAUAGUCAUUGAAGUUGGAGAAGCAUUCACAAGAAUUCUCAGGGAGACUGAAAAGGUGAGGAACGAAAAUCAACAUGAUCUUUCAGUUCUCCAAGCGAUAUCCAUGGUAUUGGAAAGACAUCCAGAGUUAAGACAAGAGGGACUAGCUUAUGAGGUGCUGCAAUGGUACAUAUGUAGAAUGGAAGCUUGGUUUGCUGCAGAUUUGGAUGUACUAUCUCUAAAAAACUGGGAUGAGGAACACGUGCUGACUGGUGGGCACGGGUUGAUGGUCGAGGGGUAUUAUCCUGUACUUAAGGCCCUGGCAAAGGAUAUUGAUAUCCGUUUAAAUCACAGGGUUACAAGGAUAUUGAAUGGCCCAAAUGAGGUGAGGGUCAUAGUCGAUGGUGGAAGAACAUUUGUUGCAGACGCUGCUAUUAUUACCAUUCCUAUUGGGGUAUUAAAAGCCAACUUAAUUGAGUUUGAGCCAAAGCUACCCGAGUGGAAAGUUUCUGCUAUUUCAGAUCUUGGUAUGGGCAAUGAAAAUAAGAUUGCAUUACGUUUUGAUAACGUGUUUUGGCCGAAUGUGGAGUUGUUGGGAACAGUUGCUCCAACAUCAUAUUCUUGUGGAUAUUUUCUUAAUCUACACAAGGCAACAGGUCAUCCUGUUCUUGUCUAUAUGGCUGCUGGAAGAUCUGCUUAUGACCUUGAGAAACUUUCCGAAGAGGCUGCUGCUAAUUAUUCAAUGUUGCAGCUUAAGAAAAUGUUUCCUCAAGCAACCCAACCGGUUCAGUAUCUCGUUUCACGUUGGGGAACUGACCCAAACUCCCUUGGAUGCUACUCAUAUGAUGUGGUAGGAAAGCCAUCAGAUAUAUAUGAAAGGCUUCGUGCUCCAUUGGGCAAUCUCUUUUUUGGAGGUGAAGCCGUCAGUGUGGAAAACCAGGGAUCUGUUCAUGGAGCUUACUCUUCCGGAGUUGCUGCUGCCGAAAAUUGCCGUAAGCUUCUUAUGGAGAGACGUGGCUUCCUGGACAAGUUUCAGAUUGUGUCUUUUAGUGAUGCAAUUCUUGAAACCUCAUUCCCCCUUCAAAUCUCUAGGAUUUAGUCAACAAUGGGGACUAGAAAUAAAACUCUUGAACAUUUUAAUUCCAUGAUUUGAAGUAACUUGUUUAUUUGGUUCCGUGAUUUAAUUUAUAUUAUAAAUAAAAGUGUAUGACACAUAUUCGGUCGUUAUUAUUAUUUAUUUAUUUUACAAAA